AUGUUUAAGCUCCCGACUCUCGCACUAUGCGCUCUUCUUUGCGCAACGGCCCUCAUUUCACCAGCAGCUGUGGAUGCAGAGGGAUCCUACCUUUGGCAGCGUCCUCGGAGCAACGAAGCCAAUUCUUAUGCUCAAGCAAUUGAACACCAGCAUGCUGGUAACCUGAAUGGCGGGCUGUUCGCUACUUGGGAACACCACUACACCUUAGGCCCACAGACCAAUUGA